UCCUUUCUGAUGUCCACAACGAGCGAGCUUACCUUCUGCCCAUGGCUCUCUCUAUCAGCAGUAGAUUUCAAAUGUCGACCUCUUUCUGGGAACUCGGAGCUCCCGUUAAUUCACGUCAGUGCCCCACGGGCCUCACCUCUCAGGAACGAUGAGAUUGUGUUCACAAGGCUCUGCCUUGUUCCGUGCUCUUUGGACUUCUCCGUCGUUUCCUUUCCAUCGAUAUGGAAUGCGCUCUGAGCAUACACGCUCGCCUCUUGUCUCGAGUUACGAUUACUGGAAGCUGGUUCAGGGCUGACAUACUCCCCUUCUAGAAUAGGAUGAAGCGAUUCAUGACUUUGAAGCUCGAAAUUGCGUUCGAGAGGAGAGGAGGUCACACUGUUGAGAGUUUUUUUUGGCCGUUAUGAGUCGAAUGGAGGUGUGAAGAUGAUUCUUCCGCCGAAUUUCUAUUCGGCCAAUGCGAUUCGAGACAAUUUGAACGAACAGAGUUUGAGGCUGUGGAGGCACAGAUUCGAGGGAAGUUAGGGGUUCAGGGUUUUGGGACACAGUCUUGCAAAGAGGUAGAAGCUUGAAGGCAUUCGCUGCUCCUUCUCUCAGUGCUCGGUGUCGUAUUCAUGGAGAAACGGGAGAAGAAGGCACGUAAGGUCUCGGUUCCUUACGAUCGUCCUCCUGCUGAGCGGCGCUCCACGAGAAGCAACACUCAGUCGAUGAAAUUGCGAGCUCAAGUGGAGCAAGUGCAAAGCGAGAAGGUGGUGGAGAAACCCUCAGAAUUCUCACUCGAGGUCCCUGAUCCCUGUGCCUGCACUGCUGCAGACCUAAUUCUGAAUCCGGAAUUCCGCUCCAGACGGAUGGAUCGGUCCCUCGAGGAGAAUCUCCUUGCUUUUCUCGAUACCAGCGGCAACGUAGACCCCGACGAAUCCCUGGAAGACAAGUUGGCGUUCCUUGAAGCCACGCACGCCAUGUGCGUCGUGCCAACGGUGGCGCACGUGCCAACGCCCAAAAUAUGCCAGGCCAUCUUGCGUUUCAUACAGGAUUGCCAUUCUGUGGGAUUGACAAUGCACAGCUUUCAGAUCUUGACGGACUUGGAAAGGAGGCACCCACGAGUCGCAAUCAGAGAAGAGAUGAGUUCGGAUUUGAGCCAUAAAUUGUUGGAGCUUGUGGUCAAUCCGAGGGUCUGGUCACCCGUGGAAGAAAGUUGUAUACAAAUGUCUGAACCUGACUGGCAGUUGGCCACUGUCUCUCCAGUCUCCUAUAAUCUGUUUGUUCUGGUGGAUACAAUAGCGAAAAGGUUACGGGGAUCGGAGAAGCCCGGGAGAAGGAAGCCCGCCUCGGAAUCUAUGCGGUGCAUUGGAAAGUCUGUCGUGGUACUAACUCAGUUUUUGAUGCUCCAGCAUUUGAUGAGCUUGAUACAAACCGACUUUCUUUGUCGGAUGAAGAUGUUCGACUCUUCCAGUGAAUGCAAGAAUUUCACUCCCGUGCAAGAGUCCUUCAUUUACAGACUUCUAUCUUCCUGCAGUCAACAGGAGAAAAAGUCCUUCUUGAUGAAUUUGAACACUAUCAUGGAUCCUACCGUACUCGGCGAGCAGGAGGAGGGAAGUGAGGAUUGCAAUUCCACAUUAUGUUGUACGAAGCCAUUCAACAAUCAGGCGACAUAUAUUGGAAAUAACCAAUACAGUACGACGGCAGCACUGCUGGGAACUCUAAGGGACUUUGCGCAGUUGGCUUCGAGCGUCCUGGUUCUGAUAAUGAAGGUCGAUCAUCUGAAUCACGAGUUCUGUGGCACCGGGGCAACAUCAACGCGGAGGAGCAGGUUCCUGUUUGACAAUCUUUUGGACAUAUGCUCGACAUCAAGGUCUCUCGAUGCCUACUUGAAAGCAGUUUCCGAACCGAAUGCGAAAUUGAGAUUUGUGGUGGACUAUUUCAUUAACUUGGCUCCCAAGCCGGUGGUAAAGCGCCUCGUUGAUUGUAAUCCGACGGAGUACAUGGAAAAUUUACUGUCCUGCUUUACUGAUCAGAAAAUUUUGAGGGCGGUGGUCAAGGUCUUUAAGGAGGAGGAAACCCUUCCCACUCUCCUUUCGCAUGCAUUCCAGGCAUUUCUCCUUCUGCACCGGCAGCAGGAAGAUAAUGCCACUGAACAGACCAAGGGCAAUCAUCAGGAGAGGCGGACUGCAAUUUGCAAGGCGAUGGCCAUCGCUAUGAAUAAUCUGCAGGCCAUUGAGCGACUGGAAAAAAUACUCCCAAUUGUGGAGCAGGCCUUGUUCGUCGCCGGCAGGAUAUCCUGCUCGUAGUUUCUUUCAAGAUCCGAUGUGCAGUUGAGACUUAGAAUGGCAGAUCCAGUUAUUGGGGUCUGCAUAUGUCGGGCUUUUGCUCAGACCAAUGCCAUACAGUUGUACGGGGCAUCGAACCAGGUCAUGGCCUGCCAGGCCACGACGUUCUUUCAAAAUCAUUGAAAUGGACUUGCGACUGAGGCUGGAGGUUUUGAGCAUUCAUUAUCUGUUCCGAACAGAUCGCACGAACGCUUUGAACAGAACUCAUCACUUACACGUAUUUAAGUUUAUGGGAGAUGACGUUUGGUGGAACGUGUAAGUUCCAAGUCUCAUUUGGGCCUAGGCUGGAUCAGUGGCGUAAUCGAACGAGAUGGAAAUCCUCUGACCUCUCCAGAAAACCACUCUUUGUGUCAAAUCAGAAAAUUGUCCUUGGACAUUGUGCGACGCGGAAAGAAGAAGGGUCGAAGUUUGUGCUCAUCUCGUUUUGGAUUCUCAUCUUGAUCGGCGAAAUGUACAGCUCCUUGUCCCACUGUUGUCUUGUGCCGCAACACAAAGCAAUGUAAGAAGGACGAAGAGACAUAAUCCCGUUUUGGGUUAAUUCAGACACGAGGACUGCGCAGCCUCGUUCACCUCUGACGUAACUUGUACCCAGCCUUCUGCUUUCACGAGUCUCGGCACUAGCUUCGCCAACGGCCACGGCAUGUAUUGGAUGCACAUGGCAUGACCUCAUUCCCGUGCAGUGGAAUGAGGACGCUCUGCUCUUUGUGGAGAAUCGGCUCAAUGCACAACAGCAGCAAGAAACACGAAAUGUAUUACUGUUUCUGAAACCUUCGUUAAACCCUAAACCCUGCCCCUGUCGGUUCUCGAUCAGGUUUCAUCUCUGUGUAACACGUGAACGUCUCGAAGGGAAUGUGAGAUGCACGCAAUGAAGAGCCUCAUGAAUCAUGAGAAACUCGAUUUCGAAGCAAAAGCCGGAGCAUGCCAGACAGACAGAAAGCGACUCCAUAUCCUUCGUCUUGAUGCACUGUGUCUCCAACCCCACCUAUCUAUAAUAACACCAGGCUCAGAACAAUUAUCAGCUCAAUACAACCUCCCAAAAUGAUCUCUCAUUGAUAGCAGAGGUUAGGGCCAUUGUUAUCCAGUAUGUGAAAGUGCGGUUGCAAUGAGACAAGAAUUAUAAUGCACCGCUAGUUUAGAGCCCAAUACUAUCAAACAAGCCUCUUUGUAUUUCAUGGUAUUUACAUGUCAAGUAGGGUGAAGACACAUCUGUCCCACACACGACAUACAUAUCUUCAGAUUUCG